CCAGUGCUUCAACGGGUCAGCGAUGUGUGCGAGUAUUGAUUGCCCGGCCUGUGAAGGCCCCACACCAGAUGGUCAAUGCUGCCCGAUAUGCGGACCAGGUUCCGGUAUUGAAAGGUCGUGUUACUAUAAAGGCGCGGAGUACAUGGACGGUGCGCAGUUCAAAGACGAAUGCAACAUGUGUCUGUGUUUCAACGGGUCUGUGCAAUGUAAAAACAUGGGGUGCAUAGAGAGAGGGUCUGGAUGUUUUGUCAACGGCGUAAAUUUCAACGAAGGUGCCCCUAUGCCCUCAAUGACCGGCAGCCCAUGCGAAAAGUGUCAGUGCUUCAACGGGUCGAUGAUGUGUGAGUGGAUGAGUUGUCCGGCCUGUGUAGGUCCCAUAUUUCCUGGCCAAUGCUGCCCAACAUGUGCCACAGGACCCGGCCUUGAAAGGUCGUGUUACUAUAAAGGCGCGGCGUACAUGGACGGUGCGCAAUUCAAAGACGAAUGCAACAUGUGUCUGUGUUACAACGGGUCUGUUCAGUGUAAAAACAUGGGAUGCAUAGAGACAGGGUCCGGAUGUGUGUUCAACGGCGUCACUAUCAAGGAAGGUGCCUCUAUGCCCUCAAUGACCGGUAGCCCAUGCGAUAAGUGCCAGUGCCUCAACGGAUCGGUGAUGUGUGAGAGAAUGAGUUGUCCGGCCUGUAUAGGUCCCAUACUUCCUGAACAAUGCUGCCCUAAUUGUUCUGCAGGAACCGGCAUGGAAAAGCAGUGUUAUUACAAGGGCAAAACGUAUUACGACGGUGAGAAGUUCAAAGACGAAUGCAACUCGUGUUUUUGUUCCAAUGGAUCCAUUGCGUGUACGAAAAUGGCAUGCCUAGGGAAAGAGGGCGCAUGCCCAGCGCUUCAGCAAAACGUAGUUGGGAUAUGCGUGCAAGUGUGCAAUACUGAUUUUGACUGUCCCGAUGUACAGAAAUGUUGUGGCAAUGGCUGCGGAAAAGUCUGCAUGAAACCAACGCAGAUACGGACACCGACAGGUUUAUGUUAA